AUGAUCACACCGGCAAACAGUUCGCGUUAUGUCGGCCGCGUCGAGGCAACGAACAGCGUCGACAUCGUCGCCAGGGUUGAGGGCUAUCUGACAGAACGCAAGUUCACCGAAGGCGGUUCGGUCAAGCAGGGCGACCUGCUUUACGUGAUCGAAAAGGAUCUUUACCAGGCAAGCGUCGACCAAUCCAAAGCCACGCUCGAGGGAGCGAAGGCAACGCUCAAAAACGCGCAGAUCGAGCUGGAACGCCAGCGGCAAUUGCUUGCCAAGGGAGACGUCUCACAGGCUGUCUAUGACAGUGCGAAGGCGACGGCGGAUCUGGACCAGUCCAAUGUGGACGAGGCACAGGCCAACCUGGAAACGGCCACGAUCAACCUGGGAUAUACGAACAUCACCAGUCCGAUCGACGGCCGCAUCAGCAAGACCAAUCUCAAUGUAGGCAAUCUUGUCGAUUCGAACACCGGCGCGCUCGCGACCGUUACCAGCGUCAAUCCGAUCUAUGUCAGCUUCUACAUGGGUGAAAAGGAUCUGAUAAAGGACCGGGAAGCUGGCCUUAUCGGUGACGACGGUGCAACGUUUCAAGUCGGUCUUACCCUUGCCGACGGAACGAAAUAUCCCUCCGAAGGAAAGAUCUCCUAUGUGGGAACCUCCGUCGAGGAAGGCAGCGACUCCGUCGAACUGCGCGCAACAUUCGACAACCCGAAGAACCUCCUGAUCCCCGGUCAAUUCGUCAAUGUCUCCGUCAAGGACGACACGCAGACGCCGAUGCCGGCAAUUCCGCAAUCGGCAAUCCAGCUCGACGCGAAGAGCCAUUUCGUCUUCGUGGUCGGUGCGGACAACAAGGUCGAACGGCGGGACAUCGUGCUCGGCCGGCAAUCGGGCACGCUCUGGGAAGUCACAUCGGGCCUCAAGGAUGGAGAGCAGGCCAUGCUGUCCAAGUUUUUUAUCGACCGACCGAAUUUCGCGCUCGUGCUGUCGCUGAUAGCGUCCCUUGUCGGGGUGAUCGCCAUCAUCUUCAUACCGAUUGCAGAAUAUCCGGACGUCACUCCGCCGCAGAUCGUGGUGGCUGCGCAGUAUCCCGGUGCCGAUUCCGAACUCAUCGAAAAAUCGGUCGCGGUCCCGAUCGAAGAGCAGGUGAACGGCGUCGACGACAUGCUCUACAUGUCCUCGACCAGUUCCAACUCCGGUUCGUAUCAACUGACCAUCACGUUUGAAGUCGGCACGGAUCCGGAUAUUGCGGCGGUAAAUGUGCAGAACCGGGUGGCGCUCGCCGAACCGACCCUGCCGCAGUCCGUCAAGACACUUGGCGUUUCCACGCAAAAACAAUCCGCAAACAUGCUCCAGGUCAUCAAUCUGGUUUCACCGGACGAAAGCCGGGACGCCAUCUACCUGAGCAACUACGCGACCAUUCACAUGCAGGACCGCCUGUCCCGCCUGCCCGGCGUUGGCAGCGUGUCGCAAUUCGGUCCGCUGGACUACAGCAUGCGGGUCUGGAUGAACCCAGACCAGAUGGCGGCCCUUAACCUGACGGCAUCCGACCUUUCGAACGCAAUACAGGCCCAGAACGCCCGUGCAACAGCCGGUCAGAUCGGUGGAGCGCCCUUUGCGGGCCCGACCGACCUGCAGUUUACGCUGAAAUCGCAGGGCCUUCUGGAAACGACUGAGCAAUUCGGCAACAUCGUGGUAUCAGGCGACACUUCAGGGCAACUCGUGCGGCUGAGAGACGUGGCAAGGAUAGAGCUCGGCUCCAGUUCCUAUUCGGCCUAUUCUGCGCUCAACAACAAACCGGCAACGUCUAUCGCCGUUUACCAGAGCCCCGGCGCCAAUGCGCUCGACGUGGCAGCCCUCGUCGCCGAAGAGCUUGACAGGAUGAAGGCGGACUUUCCGUCCGGCGUUGAAUACGAGCUUCUUUACGAUAUUACCAAGGCGGUCCGUGCCUCGAUCGAGGAAAUACUGACGACCCUUGCCAUCACAACGGCACUUGUCGUGUUCGUUGUGUUCAUGUUCCUGAUGAACUGGCGUGCGGUCAUCAUCCCGGCCGUUGCCAUUCCCGUAUCGUUGCUUGGAACGCUGGCGGUUCUCUACCUGAUCGGGUUUUCCGCAAACCUGAUCACGCUGUUCGGUGUUGUCCUUGCCAUCACGCUCGUCGUCGACGAUGCCAUCGUCAUCAUCGAAAACACCGAGCGUAUCAUGAGCGAGGAAGGUCUCGCACCUCGUGAAGCCACCCUCAAGGCCAUGAGUCAGGUGACGAGUCCCAUCAUCGCGACCACAUUCGUACUGCUUGCGGUUUUCGUGCCUGUUUGUUUCUUUCCGGGGAUUACCGGACGGAUCUAUCUGCAAUUCGCCCUGACGAUCACCGUCGCUUUCUGCCUGUCUGCGGUCAAUGCGCUGACACUGUCACCCGUGUUGUGUUCAAUCCUUUUGCGCCGCUCGGAUGCCAAGCCGCCCCGGCUUCUGCGGUUCUUCGCCAGGUUCGUCGACAAGGUUCGCGACGGCUACGUGUGGCUUGUCCGGAUCAUGAUCCGCCACGUCGCACUGUCACUUCUCAUACUUGUCGCCGCUGUUGCAGCGACUGUCUUCAUGUUCCGCGAAACGGCAACCGGCUUCAUACCGCUUGAGGACAAGGGCGUCCUCUUUGCCAAUGUCCAGCUUCCGGAUGGCGCAUCUCUGCAGCGAUCGGACGCGCUGGCAAAAGAAAUGACAUCAGUGAUGCGGGAGGUCGAGGGCGUGACCGAUGUCAUUUCCGUUACCGGCUUCAGCAUCAUUGCGGGUGAAGGCUCAAACUAUGUCACGCUGAUCCCGAUACUGGCUCCCUGGGAUGAACGGAAAACGAAGGCCACCCAGUGGUACAACAUCCUUGGGACGCUCAACGAGAAACUUGCAACCUUCGAGGAGGCGAUCGCCUUUGUCUUUCCCCUGCCCCCGAUCGACGGACUUGGAAUUUCCGGUGGCAUAGCAGCCCAGAUCCAGGAUGAUGCCGGUGCCAGCGUGGUUGAUCUGGGAGCGGUAACGAACGCGGUCCUCUCGGCGGCGAACGAAAACCCGAUCUUCCUGCAGGUUUUCAGUUCCCUUUCCGCCAGCAAUCCUCAAUACGAGGUUGAUCUGAACCGGGACAAGGCAGAGGCCCUCGGCGUCGAUGUCAGCGACAUAUUCACCGCUCUUCAGGCCAAUCUCGGGUCCUACUACGUCAACAACUUCAUUCUCGACAGCAAGAUAUUCUGGGUCAUCCUCGCGUCCGAGGCGGAGUAUCGGCAGACGCUUGAAGAUGUAGGCAACAUAUAUGUCCGCGGCUCAUCCGGCGACAUGAUCCCGCUCAGUACGCUGGUCAAUCUUACCCCGGUUGUCGGUCCCCAGAGUGUAACCCGCUACGACAUGGUCCGCUCGGCAGCGGUUCAAGGCCUCACCAACACGGGUUUCAGCACCGGCGACGGGAUCACCGCCUUCGAGAAAGUCGCCCAGGACGUUCUGCCAAAGGGGUAUUCCAUUGAAUGGACGGGCAUGUCGCUUCAGGAAAUCGAGGCCGGCUCCUAUGUCAUCUAUAUUUUCCUGCUGGCCUUCCUGUUUGCCUAUCUCUGUCUUGUUGCGCAGUACGAGAGUUGGCUGUUGCCGAUUUCCGUGAUGCUGUCAGCAGUCUUUGCGGUUUGCGGCGCCAUGAUCCCGCUCUACCUGAUCGACGUUCUGAACAACAACAUCUAUGCCCAGAUAGGUAUGGUGCUUCUGAUCGGAUUGGCGGCCAAGAAGGCGAUCAUGCUUGUCGAGUUUUCCCGCAAUUGCCGUGACGAAGGCAUGAGCAUAACGGACGCGGCGAUCAGCGCGGCACACACGCGGUUCCGCCCGGUGACGAUGACCGGCCUGUGUUUCAUCAUCGGGGUCUUGCCGCUGGUAUUCGCGACAGGUGCCGGGUCGGCGAGCCGGAUUUCCAUUGGCCUGCCGGUUUUCGCCGGAAUGAUCCUGGACAGCACGAUCGGUCUCCUGAUGAUCCCGGUUCUUUAUGUGGCGGUUCAAAGUUUUCGAGAGAAGGUAUUUGGGAAGCCGUCGUCGGAACUGGACAAAGUUCAAUCGGGCUCAAGUGCCUGA